AUGGUUAGCUCUAACGUUGCGGGAUAUACUAAGAAACGGGUUACGAGUGCCUUGUUGUUCACUGGGUACUGUAUUGGGAAUAUUAUUGGGCCGCAGACUCUCAAGGAUAGUGAGGCGCCGGGCUACCACAGUGCUUAUAUUGCGAUGCCUGGGAGUCAUGACGAUGAGGAUAGCAUUGAAAAUGGCAUGUUGGAUCAAAAGGAGAUCGACAACAUAGGGUUCCGAUACGUGUUGUGA